GUCCUUCCUGCUUCCACUUCCUCCAGCCAAAAACCCCCAAGACGCGGAGGGGCCAUUGGGGGGGAAAUGCAGACGCGGGGGGACGAUGGUUGACUCAUCACCCAUCACCCCAGAUUCCGAGAAAGCCUGGUCUCCUGGUGCACGCCGCUGAACUUGGAAGUUCCCACGGUCUGGACCUGCUGCUGGGGCCCCAGUUUCGACGUCAAGGGUGGGAGCUCGCAUCCACCUCGCUACCUACCCAUACAGUACCCCGGUCCCCUUCUCAUGACCACCGCCGAUGUCCCGCACAGCGUCGACGACCCACGGCGGCUCUCCGACGGGUCCAUACCAGACGAGAACUUUGAGAAGUACCUCUCCGCCGAUGAUCUUCUAUCCCCCAUCGGGAGCGACUUCGGGUCACCAAGAGCCAGCGAAGCAGGGAGGGCUGAGCAUACCAUAGGGCGGUUCUCUCCGCUUCCCUGGGUCUUCAAAAACUUAGAACGAUGCAAGAGCCUAUUAGGCGGGGAUGGCCUUUCGCCGUUCGCAAAGCAGUGGUUGCGACAGGCGUUGAAGGCUGGCUUCUACAUCUUAUCAUGGUACACUUUUUCCUUGACUAUUUCAUUUUACAACACAUGGCUCUUCCAUGAGGAUCAGCGGAAUUUUCGGUUUCCGUUAUUCACGACGACGUUACAUAUGCUUAUGCAGUUCAGUCUGUCUGCGAUCGCCGUAAUAUUUGUGUGGCCAAAACUACGGCCAAAGCGGUAUCCUGCCAUGAAGGAUUACCUCACGAAAGUCUUGCCCUGCGGAGUAUCCACUGGGAUGGACAUAGGGCUGUCAAAUAGUAGUUUGAAACUGAUAACAUUAUCCUUUUAUACGAUGGUGAAAUCAGGAGCACCCGUAUUCGUGCUCCUCUUCGCAUUCCUAUUCAAACUCGAACGACCGACGUGGUCGCUAUCCGCCGUCAUCGCUGUCAUCUGUCUCGGUGUGCUGCUAAUGGUCGUCAAUGAAGGACAGUUCAGAUGGGUGGGAUACCUAGAGGUGCAAACCGCCACGGUCAUGUCGGGGCUAAGAUGGGCGCUGACGCAGAUCCUACUGGAACGCGAAUCUAUGGGCAUGAACAACCCGCUUGCAGCAAGCCUCUUCCUCGCGCCCAUCAUGGGUCUUUCGCUUCUCGUAGCCUGCAUGGCAAUUGAGGGCCUCCCGACGAUAUUAACCUCUCCCGAUUUCGCAACCUUCGGCUCAACGAUGGGCAUCCUUGGCAUCCUCUGCGGCGGCGGCGUCAUCGCCUUUUUCAUGGUCGUCAGCGAGUUUUUCCUCAUCUCAACCACCUCCAUCGUCACCUUCUCCGUCGCCGGAAUCUUCAAAGAGAUCCUGACGCUAGUCGGCGCCAAACACGUCUACGGGGACGAGUUCCCGCCCAACAAGAUCGUUGGGUUGAUCAUUAGCAUAUCGGGGAUAGCGUUCUACAAUUACCUGCGGAUAAGCGGGAUGCGCAAGAAGCAUCGGAAGGAGGCGCGGAAGGGUGGGGGAUUGUUUGCGGAGGCCGAGAGGGAGAGGGGAGAGACGGGUGAUGCGGCGGAUAAUGUUGCGGAUGCGACCAGAGGACUGCUUUAUGGGUUUCAUCCUGUGACGGCGAUGGGUUCGCCGUUGAGCAUGGAGUCGGAUUUGGAUAUGCCGGGGUAUGAUGACAUUGACCUUGGCGAAGAUGACGAUGAUGGGCUGCUGUAGGGAAGAACAUAUGUGUAGACUGCCUUUAACUUUGUAUAUAUACCCUAUUUAGCACCACAUCCUCCCCAAUGGCACAGAUAUCUGUAGAUCUAGCAAGUCGACCAAAAGACCGGGAGACUCCCGAAGGCCGUGAAACGAUGGUCAAAUGCAUCUACCCAUCCAUAACUCUCCCGUCUCGGAGGCUUCUGGCAUGGACUGAUGGAAGCACCCGAUGAGCAUUGAGCAGGCGGGAACGAUGUAGGCAACGCGUCAGCUUGCGAUUGGGCCGUGGAAG